UAAACACAAUAGUUUUGCAAAACGACAAUUGAAGGUUUCUGGAAUAAAUAUUGUUAUGAAGACCAGGGAUUGGCUGUAGAUCUUUGAUUGUUAUUACCAUUGGCAGCUAGACUCUGCGGGUUUAAUGUUUAAACUCUGCGCCAGCUUACUACACACUGAGUCAGGUUUUUAUCGUCAUUUAUUUAGAUUCUGUAGCCAUUUUGUACCUAGCCAUACAAACUCACUGCAAGCUAGCCUGGUCUGCUAAUAAGGAUACCUUAUAAGAAGUGAACAGCAGAUGGUCGUGAUAUCAUCCAAAGCACUAUGAUGGACCAGAGUAGAUCACAGGGAAGUUGUGGCGAUGUCUCAUCUUUACAAAGUGAAGAUGUUAACAAAGCACAUGACGAGGGAGCACUUUGUAAAAUUCAAUCUGAUGACAGCUUUGAGGACUUGAGCUACUCUCCUUAUAUACCAAAUAGUUUUUCAGCCAAGGAGGAAACUGAGAAGACAAAAAAAAGUGUCUUAAUGAAACCCUUGGCUGAUCUCUUUAAGAGAUGGAAGAAGACUGAUUCUGAAUCACAUUCCUCCUGUUCAGGGGAGAUUAAAAUACUACCCAACGGGACAAGGUGUAGUCCACCUGUUACUCCUUUGCCAUACAGAAAACACUGGGAUGCUCAGAAUGCAAUUCCUGGAGAUAUCAAGCCAAAUUCCCCUCCUGAUUCAACAGGACAAAUGUACAACACCCUUGCUGAAUCUGAACUGACCAGUAUUCACCCAGCCGAGUAUUAUGCUGAGAAACUAGAGGUGUACAAGUUAAAAUACUCCUACCUAAAGUCUUGGCCUGGUCUUUUAAGACUGCUCGCUGGCCUUGAACUUCUUUUUGGUGGGAUGGUUUUUGCUUGCGUAUGUUCUUAUGUUCAGAGAGACAGUGAGUGGUCAAAUCUUUACAGCUCAGUGGGUAAUAUGCAAGGAUACAAUAGACCCAUGACACCUUUGGUGUUGGUAGUAGUUGGAUUUGCAUGGAUAUUGACUAUCAUUCUUCUAGUUUUGGGGCUGACGAUGUAUUACCGAACUAUCUUGCUGGAUUCCAAAUGGUGGCCUCUUACAGAGGCCAUAAUGAAUCUGGUCAUUUUUCUGUUGUACAUGGCAGCUGGUAUUGUUUAUGUGAACGAUCUCAAUCGUGGUGGACUUUGCUUCAUGACCAUCGGGAUAAACCCCAUCCUUUCUAACCUCUGUCGAGUAGAGGGCGGUCAGAUGGCUGGAGCGGCGUUUAUAUUCAUUAACAUGAUCGUGUACCUAAUAAGCUUUAUGGUAUGUCUCAGAAUGUGGAGGCACGAAGCUGCUCGUCGUCAGAGAGAGGCUUUGACAAGCAAGGUAAACUGCCAGGUACAGCACAAGACUCUGGAAUCCACAUCCAAUAUGGGCAGUUCCUUGACUAGAUCCAAGAAAAUUUUAUUUAAAGAUGAAAUGGACCAAAGCUUUCUGAUGGAGAGCAAUGAGCCACAUACCUCAGAGAGAGCCGAAGUACCAGAGAUUUUAACUGGAGCUAUUCCAAUAGGACACAUCCCUAAACCCAAAGUCAUCGCUGAUUAUAUCAUAAAGUAUCCUGAAAUCCAUUCAGUAGAGGACAGAGAGCAAUACAAAGCGGUCUUUAAUGACCAAUACCAGGAGUACAAAGAACUACACAUGGAGAUCACAGCCACUUUAAUGAAGUUUCAAGAGUUAGACAACACAAUGAGCCAACUCCUCAAUAACCCGAGUAAUCCUGCGGAGCAUAGGAGGAUCAAAGACUUGUUGAAAGUAUAUGAAGGAAAAAGGAAUGAUCCAUACUUCCUGGAGAAAAAGGAACGGUGUGAAUAUCUGAAAGCAAAACUAAGUCACAUCAAGAUGAGGAUUCGUAUUUAUGACCAGGUUCUUGGUUGAAUCAUGUUUGAAGCCCAGCAGUAUGACAGCCCACCUCAAUACAGCCCACACUACGUUGCCCCAUCAAACAUGUACACAUCCCGAAGUUUCUACUCGCAAAGGAGCGAAUAUGGCUUAUACUCUUCAGUGCCUGAUGGUCCUCAUGUGGAGGGAAGCCCUCAGCAUUUCUACAGAUGGUUCUCGCCACCUGGCAUCGUGAAGACUAUGGAGGGAUUGACCGCAUUGCUCUGUUUCGUUAUUUUCGCCUGCGUCGCUUCCACUCUGGUUUGGGAUAUGCAUGGCUACGAAGGCAGCCUUGGGGCUUACGUUGGUGGAUCUGGGGGCUUUGGAGCGGGCGUUGGCAUCGGGACGGGGUACUACGGAGGAGCCUACGGCUAUCAGAGCUCCUAUAUGACACCAUACUCUGCAAAAUCAGCCAUGAUCUCAAUGGCAGCCAUUAAUUUCAUCGCGUCUUUAGCCAUCCUAGUGGUCAGUUUCUCUAAGGUAUGGUGCGUGCGUGGAAAAACGUUUUAUUUGACAGUUUUGGUGGUGGAUGUGAUUUUGGCUGUUCUUCAGGGUAUUAUAGACAUCAUAUUCGUGAUAGGGGUCAAUCCCACAGCGCAGAGUUCACAAAGCAUUUUAUACAAUCCCAUCCUGAUGAUGUGUCAAACUUCAUUAGGGACACCCAGCAUCAGUGCUGGAGCAGGCACAGGUUUCCCCGGUGCAUACCCUUCAUUUAAUCGAUAUCUCUAUCAUUACUGCUUUAUGGAUCCUGAGGAGGCUGUUGCACUCGUUUGUGGGCUGUUUGUCAUGGUUGCUCUUAUGGUUGCUGCCUAUUUUGCCUAUAAGACUCGAAGCAAAAUAUGGCGUCAUGGUAAAACUAAUAUCUACUGGGAGGAGCCACCUAUCCUAGGAACAGUCAGGAGCCAGAAUUCACAAGACUGGAGAAGCACUCAAUACACCCCCACUGUGGUUUUAUCGGAGAAGGCUACCCCUAAUCUGAAAGCAGAGAACAGCUUCACCUCGUACACUGAAGGAACAGUGAGCGUCUACAGCGAGGGAACUUAUAAAAUCAAUGUAUGUUCUGAGAACAUGAACAGAUCCUCCCCAGAACCGUUGUACCAGAAUCAGUGGAUGAGCUCCAGUCCUGUAGAGGAAUAUGAUGACCUGAGCUCCUCAGCGCAUAAAAUGGACACUUAUGAUGUUCAGGAUGUUCACUGUGAGACAGGUUACACAACUGGAGGGGAAUCGGCUAUUGAAUUAGACACACAUCAGUUGGAGAACUCUUAUUCAGAGAUAACAACAGAUGAACAGCGCAGACAGUACAAGGAACAAUUUGACACGACCCUCGCUGUGUACAAGAAUCUCUGUGCAGAGUUGGAUGAUAUCAGCGAUCAAAUGAAUAAACUCAGUCGAGAGCUGGACACCCUUCAUGAGGAAUCCACUAAGUUCCAGGCUGUGGCUGAGGAAUAUAAUCGACUUAAGGAUCUGAAACGGUCUCCAGAAUACCAGACUAAGAAGAAUCAAUGUAAGAAACUGAGGCAAGAACUAUUUCACAUUAAGCAAUUGGUCAGAAAUUACGACAAAGGUCCUCCAAGGAGAGAGAAUUUUGCUGAUCAUCAGGAUUUCUUUGUGUAAAACUGCUUUUGUAGCAUUAUUUUUAGUGCUUAUAUUAUUGGGAUAGUUCAUCUUUCUAUAGUAGUUUUGUAAAGUUACUGUAAAUAGUUUGUAAUCCUGUGAAAUAUAAACAAAUAAUAUAUUGUCUCUACAGUUGUUAUAUAAAGAUUCUCUAAAACAAAACAUCCAAAUGUAUUUUUUUUGUAAAAGUGACUGAACAAAGGAAUACUCACGUAUACAACAGUCAAUGUAUGAUACCUUUGUUUAUUCAAGCGGUCAUACACAAAUAUUUAAAAAGACAAAGAUAUUAAAAUGAAAACUGUACACAUUG